UAAUGCCAUAAGUUGUAUACAGGCGUUGUAAUAUGUAGCCUACAUACACUGUAGAUAUACACGGACAAGGUAAAAACCCAGGUGCAUUAGUGUAGAUCUUAUACAGCAUAUCCGGGAUGAUUCAGAGUCAGUAUAGCAGUGGCUGUACCUGCCGUGUGCGCUUGGUCAUCGCGUGGUUUUCCUAACUCCUGUCUUUGGAGACAAAAAGCACUGUCUUUAGAGCUUAAGAUGACGGCCGACAGCGGAGUAUCAACCAGUCGUCCUCACACCCCGACAUCCGGUUUUCGCGAGAGAGUCAAUUCCUCCGCCUCUUCCAUUCUCAGUGUUGAUGACAUUGUCAAGUGGGCAGAGCGCACGCGCGUGUCAAGUUGCAGGCAGAGCCGACAGAGCACGGUAGAGGUUGUCCAGUCGUUCAUGUUCCGGGACCCCAAGAGGAUCACACGACCCCAGACCUGUAAGGAGAGAAGGCUUAACCUUAGAGAACGUCCUCUGACGGCCCGCAGUUUGUGUAGUGAACCACCGGCCCCUGUCACAACACCAGUCGCCUUUUCCACGUUAGACGACGAAGGCACCGAUGAAGAAAACGACGGUAACAACACAUCCAAGGCAUGGAUCUCUCAGCAGUGCUGCGAGCUCUUAGGACCCAGCGUCUGUCAGCAAUGUGCCAAAAAUCUGCGCGUCCAGAAACAACGUCAGAGGUACGAGCGUGGUUUUCGGAGUUUGAGAGCCUCGGAGAAGAACUUCACGACAGCUGUCCUCAUGAAGAAAAACAUGCCUCAUUUGACAUUAUCUCAGAUCCAGGACAAAGUGGCCGGUGGGAAGGUGUCACAACAACAACUACGGCGACUGCACGAAGUCCGCGAAAGCCCGGAAGAGAUUGAGAAGCGGAGACUAGAAAAGGAAAUGAGGGAGAAAGAACUGUUGAGCCAAAGAAAGCCGAAAGGCAACUACAGUCUUCGUGAAAUGAAUCGGCGCUUGGCAGAAGGAGAUACCGGUUUUCGGAAAAAAAGACACGGUCGACCAUCGAUCACAGAGACGUUGUUUCCCUCGUUCGUGAGUCCGAGAAAGGUGAAAUAUGACGAACCCAUGUUUCGAGUGUAUUACGAACCUCCAUUGGUCGCCAAACAUCGACAAAAAUCCGAACCCACAUUUUUCGCUGGGUCAAACUUUGACUACAAGCUUCCAGACAGAUUACCAGACAAACUAAUUUUUACAAAACUUGCCAAAGAACCUGAACCUGUUGAAACGGAGACAACGUCAACGGUUCCACAAGCCGAACCGUUAGACUAUGAAGCCACAUUCAUUGAUAGUGUGGAUAAUUUGAUUAAAGAACAUUUGGAAAGGGCCUAAAGCAGAACAGAACAGAACUACCUGACUUGAUGGUUUGCACAAAAUGUCAUUCUUUACACUCCGUAUUCUCACAAACCAUGGUACGGUAAAACGUUUACAAUACACGUAACACUUACUUAAAAAACCUAUCUCUGAAUCAGUUGAAACAAACUUUAGCAAUAAAAUUUGUUUAUAUUC